CGAUCAACCAAGUGAAGGUAUAAAGAGAAAGCAAAAUCGACUGUCAGCUUUUCAGGAGUAUUACUGUGAAUUAGCAGAAGUUAAUCUGCGAUCAUCUGACUCCAGACGACAUUUAUCCCAACAGGUUUUAUUGAUUUCACGACAAACCGCAUCCAGUCGGUAAAAGUCGACGAGUUUGGGCGGCAGAAAGCAGCCGGAGAGGAGAAAAUCGGUGUUUGUCUGAAGCCGGAAUUGCGCGACCGAGCUAACGCUAGCUAGCUUUAGCAGGCAAAGAGGCAGACCGGGGCCCAGGUCAGUGACAACCCCUGAGACACCUCAUUUUUUUAAAAGAGACUUUUCUUUUUUUAUCUUUUAAGCUACCGUUCAGCACAAUGGCGUGCGGAGCUACGCUGAAAAGGACUAUGGACUUUGACCCACUAAUGAGUCCGGCGUCCCCCAAGAGGCGGAGGUGCGCCCCGGUCAUGUCCCCGGUCGGCUCCACUUCUUCUCCGCAAAAAUAUCUGCGCAUGGAGCCCUCUCCGUUUGGGGAGGUGUCGUCCCGGCUCACGACAGAGCAAAUUCUACACAACAUCAAACAGGAGUACAAGCGGCUGCAGAAGCGAAGGCACCUGGACAGUACCUUCCAGCAGGCAGAUGGCUGCUGUCCUGUCGACCUGCAGAGUGUUCACUGCGGAUCUGCCCUAUCAGGUACAUCCACUGGUGCCUCAUCUCCAACCAGAAAAGAGCAGCCUCUGUUUUCUCUGAGGCAGGUUGGGAUGAUCUGUGAAAGACUAUUGAAAGAGCGAGAGGAGAAAAUACGUGAAGAGUAUGAUGAGAUAUUGACAGCCAAGCUUGCAGAGCAAUAUGACGCGUUUGUCAAGUUCACUCAUGAUCAGCUAAUGCGAAGGUUUGGAGAGCAACCUGCGAGCUAUGUUUCCUGAGUGUGACCAUGUGACCGUGGGAACACCCGUUGGCCGUGAGCUACUCCAGGGACUCUGGGUCUAGUUGGACUUUUACUCCUACCUGUGCCAUAUCGCCUCUAUGUGGACACACUGCCUCAGGCUUCAGUCGGUGGCAUCCGCGUUUGCUGUUGCAACUAGUGUUAGGAGGGCUUCCUGCUGUCAACACGUUCUGCGACUCCACCAGUGGCCUCUUAAACUGCCGUGUCAAUAUUUUAUUUGGCUUUGUUCUGAUGCCUUUUACGAGGCCGACUGUCACCACACACGUAGCCUUUUUUUUGUCUGAUUUGGUUUCUUUACAGAGGUGAUGUUACUUGUAUAGCUACUCUACAUGUACAUUUUGAAAAGGGAUUGGUCUCCCGUGAGCAGACCAACCAAGGCAGCCUUUAGACUGGACUGGAGGCAGCCUUUUUAAUUUUUUCCAGCAACAUUUUUAAACUGUACUAGCAGUUACUGCUAUUACAUUUGUACACUGUAUUUUUUUUUCUUUUUCUUUUGCUUUACUUUUGUUCCUUGUACCAAAAUGGCUUUAUUUUGUUUGCUAUAGGUGUUAUGGGGCUUUGAUUCAAGAAAAGCAAAUUAUUAAAGUGUUUACACAAAAACA